AUGAGGCGCAUUGAGCCGUGUCGAGGCUGCGGUCGGACGGCCGGCGAGCCCGGCGACCAUCCUGAGAAAGCGGACAGCCGAUACACGACACCCGACAUCGUUUACUUCACGGUGAUAUUCCCCUAUGUGGUUCUCUUCUGCCUGUUCGUGCGGGGAGUGACUCUACCUGGUGCAUGGAAUGGCAUUUCGUUUUAUAUUUUUCCGGAUUGGGAUCAGUUACGGAACCCAAAAGUAUGGGCAGACGCUGCCACUCAACUUUUUUACUCUCUCGGACCAGGCUGGGGUGGUUUGGUUAGCAUGGCAAGCUUCAACAGAUUCAAUUACAAGAAUCUACGGUCAUCAAUAACAAUCCCCCUAGUAAAUAGUGGUACUAGCAUCUGGGCUGGUUUUGUAGUGUUCUCAGUACUCGGCUUCGCAGCUGAACGGACAGGGGUGCCUGUGGGACAGGUGGCCAACGCUGGGCCAGGGCUGGCCUUCAUCACCUACCCAGCCGCAGUCUCUAUGAUGCCAGCUCCAAACUUUUGGGCCUUGGCUUUCUUUGUCAUGCUGUUUUUCCUUGGAAUUGAUACUAUGUUUGUGACCAUAGAAGCCGUGAUAGCGGGGGUAGUCGACGAAUUACCAGCUCUCCGCUCCAGGAAGCGCCUCAUCACAUUCCUCACUUGCCUGAUAAUGUUCUGCACUUCCAUCAUAUGCAACACUGAGAUAUUGGCGUAA